AUGCUGUGCACUCAUGGACUCCAGUCUGCCCUCAGUCCAUUCAUGGACUCUUACUGGUCUGUUGGCAGUCUGUGUCCAGAGGUCAAACCUCUGUUCUACCAGUAGGAUCCACUGCAGAGAAACAUACAGGAGCUCCACAGCAGGCUGAAGCUGAUGGACAAACUUCAACACAACAUCCUGGAGGAGACAGAGCCUUUUCAAACCAGUGUGGUCAUAAAACCAGUCUCCUACCAGCUGGACAAAGAGGGAGAACACUUUGGCCUGACUCUGGACACUGAAGGCUUUUCCCCAGAGGAGCUGUCUGUCAGACAGGUGGGCAAGAAGCUGAGAGUCAGUGGGAAGACAGAGAAGAAGCAGGAGGACGGGAAAGGCUGCUCCUCUUACACACUCCAGGAGUUCAGACAGGAGUUUGAUCUGCCUGAAGGCCUGAACCCUGAAGCUGUCACCUGCUACCUGGCUCCAGACGGGAAACUCCACAUCCAGUAG